GGAGGCAACUUUGGUCAAGUAGUGAAGGCGAUCUACAAGACACCACAAGGUCAAGAGGUCGAGGUUGCUGUGAAGACGCUUCGAGAGUCCCAAAUCGCCUCCACUGGCGAACAAACAAUUCUCUCGGAGGCCAAAACCAUGACUCAGCUGAAGCACAGGCACAUUGUUCGGCUAAUUGGUGUGUGCAAGGCUCAACACUUCAUGCUAGUCCUCGAAUUGGCGCCUUUGGGACCCAUUAACAAGUACCUGAAGAAACAUUCCUUCUCUACACAAAUCUCUUCGGUGCGAAAGUUGCGUUGCAUGUCCGAGGAAUCCGGCCAGGCUGGCUCAUAG